AUGGAAUUGACAAGUACUGAUUUCUUAAACAUCAUUGUGGCAAUUUUCCUCCCACCCGUCGCAGUGGCUCUUCAAAGAGGAUGCACUGGACAAGUUUUCCUCAAUAUCUUGUUAACAUUACUAUUUUUCUGGCCAGGUCUUUGUCAUGCCAUAUACCUUAUAAUUAAAGAUAGGGAAGCUGCCGAGGCACAAAAUCCAAUUAUUGUCGCUCAUCCAGGAUAUGUUCCAGUAGGACAACAGCCUGUUAUGCAACAGACAUAUUAUUCAGAACAACAGCCAGGCUAUGUUCCUACCCCCGUUGCACAGCCACAACCAUAUAGUCAACCACAGCAUGUCCCAACACCGCAGCAUGUCCCAACACCACAACAGGUCCCAACACCACAACAGGUCCCAACACCACAACAGGUCCCACCACCACAGGUGCCCCCAUAUCUGGAUUACAAGCAACCAUAUGGCCCAACCUAA